GCUCGUCCCUUCUCAUUCCCGGAAAUUUGUCUUUUGAUUAUCCUCAUGAGCAGUGCUUCGCACUCUCUGCUCUGUUUCUUUACUUAAUUCCCCUGAUGCCUAUCUUCCUUGGUCCGAGAGGGAGUCCUCCGAAGUGCCAACGAAUCGCCCCUAUUCCUUCCUUCUUCGUCAAGCUCGAUUGCCAAGUGUUCUGUGUGUUUGCGUUUCGUCUCACUUUCUUCCCUUUUUUGGUCCUCCUUUUCCUAUUUUCGCUGGAAUCUCGUUGAAAAGGGAAAGCUCUUGGGUUCACCGUCCCGACUAAAGUAGCUUAUUUAUUUCUAUGUUGUUUCUUCAUUGAACUUCGCUAAGAUUGUGAGGCUCGUACAUAGCUGGCAAGCGUAUUUCCUCUCAUUUCUCGAGACAUCAUCUGGUAUUGUGGGAAACAAGCUGCCGUAGGUGGUUUGUUGAAAGGCUGUGAAAAACAGUAGCCGACGUUUUAGCUAGUAAAACGAGAAUUUUAUGCUUGAAAGCUAUUUGAUAGAUUCUUUCAUUAAGCGAUGGAGUUUCUGAACGAAUUUCUGUAAAAAUCAUCAACCAAUCAAUAACGGAGGUCGGAGAAGUAUAUAAUAAGGACUUUCUCUCUCUGUUUUACAUCUGAUUCUGCUACUCUCAUUCGGCUUUAACUUUGCCAACUAGGAAUCCUCUGGAGUUCCGAUCAAAACAACCUUCAUUCUUCUCUGUUUUCUAUGUUCUUUAGUCUUCUCGCUCCAUAGGGCAAGUAGCUCUACAAUUUACCCCUCAUCUUGAUUCAGAGUUUGGUGUUUUGGGAAGAUGGCGAUGGCUGUGGCUCCCCUCAGAGAAAGCAGCAGCGGGAUCAUCAGCAUGCACCUUGACUCCGGCAAGUAUGUCCGUUACACGGCGGAGCAGGUCGAAGCGCUCGAACGCGUUUACGCUGACUGCCCGAAGCCCAGCUCCUUGCGAAGGCAGCAACUGAUCCGAGAGUGCCCCAUUCUUGCGAACAUCGAACCCAAGCAGAUCAAAGUUUGGUUCCAAAAUCGCAGGUGUAGAGAGAAGCAGAGGAAGGAGUCUGGGCGGCUUCAGACUGUGAACAGAAAACUGACUGCGAUGAACAAAUUGUUGAUGGAGGAAAAUGAGCGGUUGCAAAAGCAGGUUUCCCAACUGGUAUGCGAAAAUGGGUUUAUGAGGCAGCAACUGCAUAGUGCGUCAGCAGCAACUACUGAUGCAAGUUGCGAUUCGGUUGUCAACACACCUCAGCACUCCUUAAGAGAUGCCAAUAACCCUGCUGGACUCGUGUCAAUUGCGGAGGAGACCUUGACAGAGUUCCUUUCAAAGGCUAGGGGAACUGCUGUUGAUUGGGUGCAGAUGCCUGGGAUGAAGCCUGGUCCGGAUUCGGUUGGGAUCUUUGCCAUUUCGCGAAGUUGCAGUGGAGUGGCAGCUCGAUCAUGCGGUCUUGUUAGUUUAGAACCUACAAAGAUUGCGGAGAUCCUAAAAGAUCGUCCAUCUUGGUUUCGGGAUUGCCGGAGUCUAGAAGUUUUUACAAUGUUCCCUGCGGGGAAUGGUGGAACAAUUGAACUUGUGUACACACAGACAUAUGCUCCAACUACUUUGGCUCCUGCCCGGGAUUUCUGGACUCUGAGAUACACUACAAGUUUGGACAAUGGAAGUCUUGUGGUUUGUGAGAGAUCACUGUCUGGUUCGGGUGCUGGCGCUAAUGCAGCUGCUGCUGCUCAGUUUGUUAGAGCUGAAAUGCUCCCUAGUGGCUACCUGAUUCGACCCUGUGAAGGUGGAGGAUCAAUCAUCCAUAUUGUAGACCACUUAAAUCUCGAGGCAUGGAGUGUGCCAGAGGUGCUGAGACCACUUUAUCAAUCAUCAAAAGUUGUUGCUCAGAAAAUGACAAUUGCAGCACUUCGCUAUGUCAGGCAAAUAGCUCAGGAAACAAGCGGCGAAGUGGUUUAUGGUUUAGGUAGGCAGCCUGCUGUUCUGCGAACUUUCAGCCAAAGGCUGAACAGAGGCUUUAAUGAUGCUGUUAAUGGAUUUAAUGAUGAUGGCUGGUCUAUAAUGAACCAUGAUGGUGCUGAUGACGUGAUUAUUGCAGUCAACUCAGCCAAGAAUCUGAGUGCCACCACUAAUCCUGCAAGUUCCCUAACAUUCCUUGGAGGAGUUCUCUGCGCAAGAGCUUCUAUGUUGCUCCAGAACGUCCCUCCAGCAGUUUUAGUUCGGUUUCUGAGGGAGCACCGUGCUGAGUGGGCUGAUUUUAAUGUUGAUGCCUAUUGUGCUGCAUCACUUAAAGCAGGCUCCUUUGCCUAUCCUGUCAUGAGGUCAACUAGAUUCACGGGAAGUCAAAUUAUCAUGCCUCUUGGCCAUACAAUCGAGCAUGAAGAGAUGAUUGAAAUUGUUCGUCUUGAAGGCCAAUCUCUCUCUCAAGAAGAUGCAUUUGCUUCUAGGGACAUUCAUCUCUUACAGAUAUGUAGUGGGAUUGAUGAAAAUGCUGUUGGGGCCUGUUCUGAGCUUAUAUUUGCUUCAAUUGAUGAAAUGUUCCCUGAUGAUGCUCCAUUGUUGCCCUCGGGUUUCCGGAUCAUCCCAUUGGAUUCAAAAUCAGGUGAUAAGAAGGAUUCAGUAUCUGGAAAUCAGACCCUGGAAUUGACAUCUGGUUUUGAAGUGGAUCCAGCGACAAAUCAUGCUGUGGGAGAUGCAUCAUCAUGCCAAAGUACUCGGUCGGUGUUGACUAUUGCCUUCCAGUUUCCUUUUGAGAGCAGCUUGCAGGAAAACAUUGCAAUCAUGGCAAGACAGUAUGUACGCGGUGUGAUUUCAUCUGUGCAGAGGGUUGCCAUGGCUAUCUCUCCAUCUGGUAUAAGCCCACCAGUGGGGCCAAAACUCAGUCCUGGCUCUCCUGAAGCAGUUACUCUAGCUCACUGGAUAUGCCAGAGUUAUAGUUUCUAUCUGGGAGCAGAAUUAUUGAGAUCGGAUGCUCUUGGUGGUGAUUCGUUGCUGACAUUAUGGCAUCAUCAGGAUGCCAUUUUUUGUUGUUCGGUGAGGUCCUUGCCUGUGUUCAUCUUUGCAAAUCAGGCAGGGCUUGACAUGCUGGAGACAACUCUAGUAGCUUUGCAAGAUAUCACAUUGGAUAAAAUAUUUGACGACUCUGGACGCAGGGCAUUGUGUACAGAAUUUGCCAAGUUGAUGCAGGAGGGGUUCGCUCAUCUGCCUGCAGGAAUGUGCUUGUCCAUGAUGGGACGGCAUGUUUCAUUUGAACAAGCCCUCGCAUGGAAUGUUCUUACUGAAGAUAACAGUGUUCAUUGCUUAGCUUUCUCUUUCAUCAAUUGGUCGUUUGUAUGAAUAUUUUGAACACCCUUUUCUCCGUAUAAUAUAAGAAUGAAGGGUUAAAAACGUAGCGAAGAAGUUUGUGGAGGGAAAAGGGAAUCCGGAAGUUUUGUUCAUAUGGUACACGGUCAGGUUCGCAUUUGAUUUGGUUUGAUUUAUUUUCAGUACAGACCAGACUUUGAAUU